CUAGAAAAGUACAGUCACUGGUGGAAUAUAGAUCGAAAUAUUGUUGAAUUUAGAUCAGAGUCGUUCGCCAAUUUUCAUUUCCUCAAACCUAAAUAUAUCCUCCAUUUAAACUCCAAAGUGCUUCUGGACGUUGCAACGCAAUCCUGCCUUAUCCAUAAUGAACAAACCGCUCACAUGCUGACAGUAUUAUCGAGUUUCGAGAACCCCAAGUACGUCCUAAUUUGGCUAGAAGGAGGUGAAAUUAUUGCCAAACUGCCGCGACACAAUAUCAGCCUUAGGUAUCAUUCUGACCUCGGAAUUAUUUGUCAAGAAUAUAAUAUGGUGGUGAUGGCGGACUACGAUUUGCAAACUUUAAGCGGGUUACGGCAGGCCUUAGUAUUGGAGGAACUUAAUGCGCAACAAAGGGGAAUGAAGCUUCGUAAAGUUCUCGUUCCGCAUGGAAAUAUUGAGGUUCAAUAUGGCGGCAGAAUUACAAUUAACACCACAGAGUUAAGAAACCCGCCAUCUUUGGUGAUUGAUGUUGACGAAGUUCUCAAAGUCCUGACAGCGGGACCUUACACCUAUGCCUGGCUCUAUUUGGCGGCGCUUCAUGCAGUAACGACGUCUCCAAUGAGGGAUUCGUUCACAGGUCAGACCGGAUUAGAAAGAGCGGUACAGAUUUUAAGCUCCGGUAGAUGUCGAUCUUCCUCGCCAUAUGAUGAUGAGUCACUUGUCACUAUUAAAUUCUUAUGUGGAUUAUAUCCAACACGAAAAAUUCAAGAAGACAAGAUAUCCCGCCGUUUGAGAAACAAACCCAUAGAACAAAUAAAAGUCAAAUUCGAGAGGGUCGCAUUUCCAAAACAUCUUUCUGCGUAUGCUGCCUACGAAGGUUACUACUUUAUAUUGAAGGCACUGCUACAGGAGUCAAACUCAUUGAAUUUUUUAUUCCCGACAACAAAGCGACUUGAGAGUUCUGUGGAAUUAAAUAAUGUAGAUGAAAAUUUAAUGGCGAGGUCGUACUGGCGAAGAAUCCGGUUUUAUAAUCCAGCUGCUGCAAUUCCGUUCGAGUUUAUGCCAGCCUCAUAUAAUGCUCCAAAUCCCGCGGUAAAUUUUGAGAGUGCACAUUUACUCCAGAUGGACAAGAGGGCUUAUCACCUUCGAGUUUUAGCUGCCCUUUGUUCCUCGAGGAAAUUCACUUCUGCCAAUCCGGACAGAGUCAGGACUCUAAUUUACAGAUCGGAACACUUAGAAGGGCUUAAGCCCACGGCAGUAGAUGACUUAUUGGAUCUCUACAAAGAUCUGAGACCUCACUGGAUACAACUAUAUCAGAAAGCCAUAACUCAACCAUGGGAAGAGUGGACACUUACUGUUUGCGAAAUUGGGUAUAAAUCCGUACUAGAUUUGGCUGACUUGUUAAUACUGCAAACAAUUGCCGCGAACCGACUCAAAUUUCCAAAGGCGCCAAUAAUUCCGGAAUACAAAAAUAUCAAUGAAAUUGAGUUCAACUCUGCCCGAGUUGCUACUAUUCUUAAAGAUAGAAAGACUGGAUUUAGUGAGUAUAACAAUUCAAGCAUAUGGUCCACCAUAGGAAACGUUAACUCAAAAGAUGUUCCGGAUAAAAAACAAUUUGAAGACUCUGCAGCAUGGGAAGCCGCCCAGGCAGCGUAUAUUAGUGAGGCGAUCAAGAAAAUAGAGCUGGCUUGGAUUGCUUGGAGUGGUGCAAAAAGAAGCAACAAAUCCACUUCUGACGCAACAGAGAUCUUUAGUGAAAUAUCGCGUACCAUUUCAAGUUCAAUAUUUUUUCAAAGACGCAACUAUUAUUCCAGCAUCAUUGAAUCUUCGCACGACAAAAUCGCUAUGCUUUUGUGCGAAGUAUUUCAAACCUGGGAGGAUAACUAUGCAUUAAAAUUAUUUGUGGAGGCAGUCGAAACCCGACUAUCCACUUGUGGGGGAUACAAAGAUUUUGACCAAAUUGGGACCUUGGUUAUGCCAGAAUCUUCAGAAUUCGUCAGGUUGAUGGGUAAAUUAGUUCUUUGUAGGGGCGAAAUUCGCGCGAGGUCCUGGUCUAAAUUAAGAAUAAUACGUAUGCCUAAAAUCACAAAGAAUACGAGUCAUACGACGGAAUCGGUGUAUCAGAGCUUGAAUUCGCUCAUUACAGCAAUGUGGAAAAAUUUGGAAGAUUGUUACAAAGAAGACGACGUUUUAGUUUUUCCCGCCGAUCUGUCCGAACGACUAGUGCCGUCUCGAUUAUUUCCGAAAUUAUUGGAACAAUUACCGCCCGAUUUAAACCAAUUUUUGCUUCAUUUAGCCAGAAAGACAAGACACUUUCAGCGAUUAUUUCGCAUCCUCAGUUACAAACGGGACGAAAAGAAGGCAUAUUUGUACAAGAAUGAAAAGCUGAACAAGCCUGAAACAAAUUGGACAAGUGAAGAAUUUCCGGAAUGGCUCCUAUUAGAAUUGGAGCUCAAUCUCACAAUUCGAGGAAUUCAAGCGCGAAUUGCGAAACACAUGAUGGAUUUGAAUAGUGGGGGGAGCAAAGUCACCCAGUUAAACAUGGGUGAAGGAAAGACUAGCGUGAUUUUGCCCAUGGUAAUUUCCCGCCUGGCCAAAGCGAAAGAAAAAUGUGUCCGUGUUACCGUUUUGAAGUCACUUUUUCAAACAAAUUAUCAACAAUUGAAACACGCAUUAGGUAGUUUGCUUGGCCAAAUGGUAUAUUCAAUCCCUUGUGAUAGAAAUUCAACUCUGGAAACGGAUCAGGUCGAGGCGGUUCUUGCCCUGCAGAAAGACAUCCUUAAAAGGAAAGGGGUCAUUGUGACGGUGCCAGAGUAUCGUCUUUCCUGGGAACUUAGAGCGUAUGAAAGCUAUGGGAAUCCCAUUUUUUGCCGCAGCCUAAUUAACCUUUUCUCAUGGAACGAAGUAAAUUGUCAGGAUAUUUUGGACGAAUCGGACGAGAUAUUAAGUGCCCGGUAUCAAAAGGUUUAUGCAAUGGGGGCAUCUUCAAAAAUCAGUGAGAUCAGGUGGAAAACUUGUCAAAAAAUUUUGAAAUGGAUUCCCAACAUUUUGAGGAAGCUCUCACGUGACGCAAGGUUUACUGAUUGUGUCGAAAUAGAUGAUAAUAUAGGGACCAAGAAUAAAUAUCCGAGGUGCAGACUUUUAAAUUAUACGACACAAUCUGACCUUUGCUAUGACACAUUUAGUGCGAUAAUUACGACAGAUUUUAUUGAAUUGGAACUACCACAUUUGCCCGAAGAUUUACGUGCAGAUAUAAAGAAAUACUUGACCGAUUCUUCCAUCACUAGCGAUUUAUACUACCGUUUGGAAAGUGAGGAGCUCCUUAAACCAAAAUUUGCCUUGAUUCAAGCAGUUGCCGAGCUGCUCAGCCACCCAGGAAUUUUCAAGUGUGCCUUAAACAAACGAUGGCGUGUCAAUUAUGGCGUAAGUGGAAAAAACUCCAGGAUGGCGGUUCCCUUCAAAGCGAAAGACGUGGCUUUCGACAAGACAGAAUUUGGUCAUCCCGCCAUGGGCAUUGUUCUGACGCAAUUAAGCUAUUACUAUUCUGGUCUCACGGAGCAACAGGUGGACGUGUGUUUGGACGUUUUGGAAAAGCGGGAAAAUCCUGUAGUUGAAUUUAACGAAUGGCUCGCAUUUUGUGACAAUUUGGAUAUAAGUUAUCAAUCUCUGAAUAGAGCAUUCCCCCCGCAAAGAGUCAGGCUAUAUCCCGCCCUUAUGUACAAUACGGUCGUUAUCGAUUUUUACCUCACCCAUUGCGUCUUUCCCAAGGAGUUGAAAUGUUACCCCGGGAAAAUCACAACGACCGCGUGGGAUCUUUGUUAUUCUGAGGGUAACAAUGUGGCGGGAUUUAGUGGGACAAAUGAUGCACAGCUUUUACUACCGAUGCACAUCAAACAGGACGAUUUGGUUGAGUUACAAGAUACGAAUGAGCAGGUUCGUAAAGCUGUAGAGCAAAGUGAGGAUUACUGCGCUUUAGAAUCUUGGAUUCCAGAGGGUACACACAUUUUGGAGAUGAUUGCGAAGAAGCGAAUAAAAAUCUUAAUUGAUGCGGGCGCAUUGAUGAUUGACAUGGACAAUUCAAAGGUUGCUGACGUAAUGUUGGAAUUGGACUAUUCAUUGGAAGGGGUCGUAUUCUUCAACGAGGACAAUAAGCUCAUCGUACGAAGCCGAAAAGGCAAGGAUGCCGAUUGCGACUUUGUUUCCAGCCCGCUGCGAGAAUCACUCGCGGACAAGUGCGCAAUUUAUAUAGAUGAUGAACAUACGAGAGGAACAGACUUUAAGUUUCCGGUUGGUGCGGUUGGUUGCGUCACAUUGGGUGGCCGACUCCCUCGCGACAAAUUGGUUCAAGCCUGCAUGAGAAUGCGAAUGCUCCAAAGUGGGGAACACAAAGUAUCCUUCAUCGCGACAAAAGACGUCGACAACCAAAUAAAAAGUCUCCUCGCUACAAAUCCAGACUGUGACCCGACCCGCUCCAUCACCGCAUCCGACGUGAUGACCUGGGUCAUUAAAAAUAGCGAAGAGUACGAAAAAGAAGGUCUCAUCUUCUAUUCCAACAAUGCCCUCAAUUUCGCCAAAAAACGCGCCGGACUACUUAAUCUUCAAAGUUACGAAGAUUUCUCCCGUUUCGGGAGGGAGAUCACCGACCAGGAAAAAGGCGGGGAACGUAAUGAAGAAUUCGCCAGCGAAGAAAUAUUCGCCAAAAUAAUUUCGCACUGUUUCGAAUCUGCACGGUGGCCUCUAGUUGAAAAUAGUUUGGCCUGCGAUAAAAUAACCGCGCUAUUUGAAGAGGUAAAGGGGCACAUUGUGACCCUUGUUACGGACAAGAUUCCAAACCGGACUUGCUUCUCGACCAAUCUGGAAGAGCAGCAGGAGCGGGAAAUUGAAUUGGAGAGAGAGGUCCAGGUUCAAAUUGCCCGCCCAGUCGUGCAACACCCCUGGCCACACGGGUUGGAUAGAAACGUUCGUAAUUUUGUGGUCGAGAAGCAUUUCGUCGAUUCAGGUGAGGGAAUUGUAGAAUUGCAAGUUCCGUCGAUUUUUGCGACUCGUGAUUUCAUCAGAGUUGUGCAACAUGGGGAGAUUUUGAGACCGGUUAAUUGGGUUGUUAGUCGAUCUGAAGGCGGGAUUUUAAUUCUAAGUCCGUACGAAGUUAAUGAGUUGCUCCCGUAUUUUUGGAGGGGCGAGGUAAACUCGAACUUGGACAUGUUUUCCGCAAGGGUGAAAAAUUUGGGGGAUAUUUUGAUAAAUGUGUCCAGUUUGCAAUUGGGGCAAAGAUUGGGGGGUAAAAUUGAAGGGGACACGUUAAGUCGGUUGCAUCUUUAUGGGGGAAGUUUGUACUUUGAGGAUAAUGAGGCAGCUUGGGUGAAAAAAUUGAUUAAAGAAUUAAACGGAAAGUUUAAUAUAGUAAAAAAUGUGGAGAAAAGGCUUCAAUAUUUUCCGGAGAAUUGUGAUCUUCGUAAAUUUACUAAUUGUUGAGGUUUGAAAAUUGUGAUGCGUCGGACUUAUGUAAGUAUUCGAAAAGGUGAUUUCAUAAAAUGUGUCUGUACAUAAUAUGUUUUAAUUUGCUUAAUUAUCAUAAUUUUUAAUAUAUAAAUAUGUUCAUUUAUAAUUUAUUUCGUCCAGUCUAAAACAACAAAGUGUUAAAUCUAAAUUUGUAUCUGAUUUUAAUUUAAUGAAUUUUAUGAAGAGCAUAAAUUCUAUUCAAAAUUGUAUGGAAUUUUAGGUUAUUUUGUUAGCUAUAGUUAAACUUAGCUUAAACCUUUAAAUAAUUUUGCAAAAUUAAGUGAAUCAGGUAUUUGAGUUGGAUGUUAGCAAUUACAGGUAAAUUUGGUAUAAUUGCAAAUUUGGCAUAAUUAUAAAUAACUUUUACAUAACUAUAAAUAAAAGCAAUUGGAAAAUCCAAAGUUAUGUAUUUACUUUACCCACCUUUACUUACAACCUCUUCUUUUUUAAGUCUUUGACACAGGCUAACAUGAAAAAAAUGGAAGCAUUAGAAAUGUUAAAUUUUUAUGAAACCAUUCUAUUUCAAACAAUUACUUGGUUUCGUCUUUCAAUUUUGCAGUUUUGUGCAAUGUUCCAGUUCGGGAGACUAUUUUUUUCUAAUCUGUGUUUGCUAAACUUAACAGUUUAUGAAAAACCUCGUAUAUUACCUUUAUACAUUCUUCAAAAACUUGGGUUGCAAUAUAGGUGUGAAUUGUAAGUGUAAGAGAAGAAGUGAAGUCUACAUGAAUGAAACCAAGGAGCCUUAGACUGAAAAUAAUAUUGUAUAUUAAUAAAAUAAAGGAUUGUAGUUAAAAAUAACAUCUGGGUUGCAUUCAGAAAGUACUGUGAAAGUCUAUCUUACACUAGUAAGAAGCGAAAAAUCGCGGUCAGUUUCGACCUGAAAAAUUUGGGUUCUCCCCUUAUUUUAAAGGAAGCCAAAGAAGCGGCGAGCCACUGUUAAUGGCUAGUAGGCACUCAGCCUCUUUAAUAAGAAAAGGGAACCAAAUUUAAGCCGCUAACUUAAAAUUUUAACGGUUAAACUCCGUUAUUUUCUUUUUUCUAUUUUAGUUUAAUUAAAAACAAAACAUUUUCAAUGUUUAAAUAAAUAAAUAUAUUUUUAUGGAAUACAUUUUCAAGACUCAGUCUUCCCCUACAACUUCAACGUAGUGCUCUUUUAUAUAAGCUAUAAAAAUAUAAACUAAGCUAAAAAUAAAACCAAUACACCCAUAAAGAAACUAAAUAUGAAGAAUUUCAUUCUUAC